ACUCCGCAAACCGCAGGGGGAACUUGCGGCAGGCCGAGCUAUUUUCGCCCAGUCCUUUCUUCUUCGCUUGCGUCUUCCUCUCCAUUUGCAUGCACUUGUUACAUGAAAGCGAACUUGGGGACGUAGGGUUUUCAGAAAAUCCGCUUCGGAGCCACACACCUUCGCCGGGUGCUGCAUCAUCCCCCCUCUCUCGGUAAACAGUUGGUCGCGCCCCAGUGCUAGCGGGCGCCGAGCGGGAGCCGCGCGGGAGCAGCGCAGCUACGGCGGCGGCAGCGGCGGCGCGGUUGCGAUUCCGAGCCGUUGAGACGCCUCUGCGGCAGCUGGUGGCGCAGGUGGCUUGCGUGGACGCGGGUAGAGGCGACCGGCCAGCAACCGCAGCGUCGGCGCCCGCGGCCCCGGCAGCAGGCGCGUCGGGACGCCCCGAGGCAUCCUCCCCCGCCCGCGGGCCCGACAGCUGGGCCCGCGUCCGCCGCCCGCAUCCCCGCGCCGCCGCAUCUCCUCGCCGCCUCUCGGGCUUCGGACCCCCGGUCUCGCCCCCGAAACAUGACUCGCGAUUUCAAACCUGGAGACCUCAUCUUCGCCAAGAUGAAAGGUUAUCCCCAUUGGCCAGCUCGAGUAGACGAAGUUCCUGAUGGAGCUGUAAAGCCACCCACAAACAAACUACCCAUUUUCUUUUUUGGAACUCAUGAGACUGCUUUUUUAGGACCAAAGGAUAUAUUUCCUUACUCAGAAAAUAAGGAAAAGUAUGGCAAGCCAAAUAAAAGAAAAGGUUUUAAUGAAGGUUUAUGGGAGAUAGAUAACAAUCCAAAAGUGAAAUUUUCAAGUCAACAGGCAGCAACUAAACAAUCAAAUGCAUCAUCUGAUGUUGAAGUUGAAGAAAAGGAAACUAGUGUUUCAAAGGAAGAUACCGACCAUGAAGAAAAAGCCAGCAAUGAGGAUGUGACUAAAGCAGUUGACAUAACUACUCCAAAAGCUGCCAGAAGAGGGAGAAAGAGAAAGGCAGAAAAACAAGUAGAAACUGAGGAGGCAGGAGUAGUGACAACAGCAACAGCAUCUGUUAAUCUAAAAGUGAGUCCUAAAAGAGGACGACCUGCAGCUACAGAAGUCAAGAUUCCAAAACCAAGAGGCAGACCCAAAAUGGUAAAACAGCCCUGUCCUUCAGAGAGUGACAUCAUUACUGAAGAGGACAAAAGUAAGAAAAAGGGGCAAGAGGAAAAACAACCUAAAAAGCAGCCUAAGAAAGAUGAAGAGGGCCAGAAGGAAGAAGAUAAGCCAAGAAAAGAGCCAGACAAAAAAGAGGGGAAGAAAGAAGUUGAAUCAAAAAGGAAAAAUUUAGCUAAAACAGGGGUUACAUCAACCUCCGAUUCUGAAGAAGAAGGAGAUGAUCAAGAAGGUGAAAAGAAGAGAAAAGGUGGGAGGAACUUUCAGACUGCUCACAGAAGGAAUAUGCUGAAAGGCCAACAUGAGAAAGAAGCAGCAGAUCGAAAACGCAAGCAAGAGGAACAAAUGGAAACUGAGCAGCAGAAUAAAGAUGAAGGAAAGAAGCCAGAAGUUAAGAAAGUGGAGAAGAAGCGAGAAACAUCAAUGGAUUCUCGACUUCAAAGGAUACAUGCUGAGAUUAAAAAUUCACUCAAAAUUGAUAAUCUUGAUGUGAACAGAUGCAUUGAGGCCUUGGAUGAACUUGCUUCACUUCAGGUCACAAUGCAACAAGCUCAGAAACACACAGAGAUGAUUACUACACUGAAAAAAAUACGGCGAUUCAAAGUUAGUCAGGUUAUCAUGGAAAAGUCUACAAUGUUGUAUAACAAGUUUAAGAACAUGUUUUUGGUUGGUGAAGGAGAUUCCGUGAUCACACAAGUGCUGAAUAAAUCUCUUGCUGAACAAAGACAGCAUGAGGAAGCGAAUAAAACCAAAGAUCAAGGGAAGAAAGGGCCAAACAAAAAGCUAGAGAAGGAACAAACAGGGUCAAAGACUCUAAAUGGAGGAUCUGAUGCUCAAGACGGUAAUCAGCCACAACAUAACGGGGAGAGCAGUGAAGACAGCAAAGACAACCAUGAAGCCAGCACAAAGAAAAAGCCAUCCAGUGAAGAGAGAGAGACUGAAAUAUCUCUGAAGGAUUCUACACUAGAUAACUAGGUUGACAUACCUGGAAUAUAGAGAACACUUGAGAAGUUUGUAAUGGUUUUCAUUUGAAAUAGACUGCUGAAAGUUUUAAAUUUUUAUAAGCAUAGGUUUGAUGUUGAAAACUUGUUUUGAGGGAGAAAAUCCCUUUAUCUUUGUUUUAAAGUAAACAUUAUCGCUGAGUGUACUUGUGCAGUAUUAACAGCUACAUUAUACAGUAAAUGUGGGAUAAAAUCCAUUUAGAAAAUGUUAAACUGCUUUUCCAGACAUGGUUGUAGCAUAUUUUCAAUUAGUGUUUGUAUGUUAACGUGUAAUUGAUAGUAGAACAGUUACAUUUUUAAAACUGCUACUUGUAUAAACCUUGCCUCUUUUCCCAAAUACUGUGGGUUUUGUGCAUAGUUUUUACAAACCUUGGAUUUACCAGACUGUCUUUUCACUGUUCGUGGGUUUUGUAGAAGUUAAGCAUUUUUAUGGUAGAUAAAAUGUUACUUCUAUACAAGUACUCACUCCCUUUUUAUCAAAAGUUAAUUUUAAUCUCACAGUCUACAUUGUGCUACAUUAUCCAGCUUCUUUGGAACAAUGUGUGCUCUGUAUGGUUUUUUUUUUUUUGGUAUGACAACUAAUUAAGCAACUGACAUUGAACUGACUGAGAAUUCUACAAACUAUAAAACAUCAUGUUAAUUUUUGAAGGUAAUUUAGUUUUGUGGCUGGGCAUUCAGUGAAGUCUUAGGACUUCUCUGCAGAUAACUGACUGGGUAUAUAUAGGAAUGAAUCUGGCUUUAGGGUUAAAUCAUUUAAGGUCCUUUUAUAGACAGGCACUAGUAACUAAAACUGAAAAGUUAGUUUAUUUUUGAGGAAUGUUGUUUAAAAUGUCUUUAGGAAGUCACUAAAUAGUACUUAAUUGGAAGAAAAAAUCAUGAUGCUUAUACGAUAAAUAUAAAUAAAUGUUAUAUAAGGAAACUCACCUAUUUGAAAUCAUGGCUAUAUUAUUUUUAUUUUCUGGAUUCCAAAAAUACAAACACUAGUUGUUCCAGCAUUGUACUUUGAUAGUCUGUACCUUGAUGUGUAUGGACUAAAUCCAGGGUGAAACCGAUGUUACAAAAUUGAAGGGUAUAUUAACUAACUAAAGGAUAGCAUUUCUACGAUAUUUUGAAUAUUAGGUCAUUUGGCACUUCUCAAUAAGUAGGAUACUUCUCAUGUUUUGAAAUUAUAUGAAUAUGGAAAAAAAUGGCUUAAGACCAGCAUCUGUGUAUGACAUUGUAUGGUUUAUAACUGUUUUCAUCUACAGAAUUGCAUUUUUGCUUUUAUGAGGUCUUAUAAUGGAACUAGGAAUCACUGUUUUGAGAGAACCUGCAUAUAUACCAGUCAUUAUGUGUUUGGUCCUUAUACAGUUUUAACUUAGAUUUGUUCUAGUUAAGCCAUAAGUUCAACAUGUAAACUUGUUUUGAUUAAAGAAUUUUUCUAUCAAA